AUGAGAUUGGCCUGCUUCCAUUGUUUUCACCAAUCUUGCAUUUCAUCGCAUGAUUGUUGCCCGAUCUGUCUGGUUCCACUGAAGAAAAAAGGUAGAAAAAUUAGUGAACACAUUCAACACUGGACUGCUAACUUCUAAUGAUACUCUUUGCUUUUGAAAGCAAUGAAGACAUUCAGGAAGAGGAAAGAAUUAGUACACCAGCAGCCAUGAGUGUGACAGAGGCUCAGUCAUUUUAUUCCUCAGCAGAAUGGGUUCUGAAGGUUGACAGCACAGUGAAUAGUUAUGCAGCAAUCCCUCUUCCAUCCCAUCCAAACCACAAUCACUCUUCAGCCCAGCCAACAGUACAUGAAUCCAACUCUAAUACCCCAUCUCAUGUUCUCACACCCAUUACCAUCCAACCCUAUCACAAUGGUAAUGUCACCUACUGGUCUUUCCCACAUAUCAUUUCUCAAUCUACAAUCCUUGGAAGAACAGGAAGUAAUGCAUGCACAUUCAUUGCCCUUUUAUUUAGCAAAAUGUUUUUUUCACCCAAUGUCAACAUUCCAACAAUUGGGAGUCCACUAAGCCAGACAUGGGUCUAUCAGAUAGUUGUGCAAGGCAUUUUGGCUGGGAACUCUAUCUAUGACUCAGUAACAAGUACACCUCGAACAUUUGGUGUGUUGGAGGCACUUCAAACCUCUAGUGUUUUAAAUAACAUCAUUGGAAAUACUACUGUGGGACCUGAACUGCCCGUUAGCAUUGUCCCUGAGACGAAUCCCACAGCUUCUUUGCCUUACUACUGGAGACAAGCUCUAGCCAAAGGGCGAACAACAUCAGUAUUUAUCUUACGGUCCAACACAGUUGUCUUUAUUCCAACAACACAGGGAGUUUUUCUUUUAGACAGUCAUUUUCAUGGGAACAGUGGGGCCCAAGUUGCCUUUACAGAGUGGCAGCAUUCAUUUGAACUUCUCUCUUGGUAUAAGAGAAUUAAUGGCUUUCAAUACACACUUGGAACUGUCACCAACGUGACGUUCAACUAG